AUGUCGGCGCUGCGGAGAGAGGUGCUACAGGUCUACCGCCACUGCUUGCAGUCGGCAGCGCGUUGCCCCGAGCAGACGCACCGCGCGACGAUGCGAGCGUACGUGCAGAUGAAGUUCCGCGACAAGGCCCACGUCCGCGACGCCAAGGCCAUUGCGCUCCUCCUCUCGGAUGCCAAGGAAGAGCUCGAGCGUAUGAACUACUACCACUCCAUGUACAAGUCGGGCCAGACGCAAAAGGCAACGCAUGGCGCGACGGCGCAGCUCGCGUCCAAUUGCCCCAACUGCAACCACGCCUUUGCGACGCCGACCGCGCGCUUCUGCAGCGAGUGUGGCGUUCAGCGCCCGACCAUUGCUUAAUCGCUAUGCAAUCGACAACAUGAAGAUGCACAAGUCUAUUCAGCCUCAUGUCUUGUGACCGAAG